AUGCAAAAGAUCCAGGCCUUCCAUAGCACACUGCCAGUCUUCUUUUUGGGAUUCAAGAGCUUUCAAAAGCCCUUCCUCGCCAGCUUUACAUUCUUCCAAAGUUGCUGGCUAAGGCAGCCUUCCUUGACAAUGGCGAGCAGCCAGACAGCAGCACUUGGUCCUGGGCCGGCAAAUCAUGAAUCAAAGUCAGGCAACACCCCAGUCCUCAGUGUUGCUGGUCAGGCAACGGACUCCAACGCUGACCUGCUGCCGAUAUCCAGUAUGGCAACUCCAACAGACGUCUCAGAUCAAGCACGUCCAGCAACUCCGUCCUCCAGAUCAGCAGCAGCCCGGCCAAGCGCACUCCAAAGCAGCAAAUCCGUCCUGUACCGUUCAGGUGACUUCCGAAACAGCUCAAUCCCAGAGCUACGUGACCUGAAAGCAGACAUGAUGUGUAACUGGUUGCACCAGCAACAGCUCGAGCGGAUGUGGUCGACUAAUGGAAUCGAAGAGGGCGUCAUGCUCAAAAAGGCAAAAGACGACUAUAAAUGCGCACCAGAAGAUCUGCGGACGCGGCGCGAUGGGGUCUUCGAUGCGGUACAGAGACUGAAUGUCAAGUGUGCCAUGACCGUGAACACACGCAUCAUCAAACUCUUUCUCCAAGACGAAACGCUCACUUAUGUUCCCCUAGAAUCCGGCCUACGAUUGCAAAUCCUGCCCACUAUCUCUCAUCUACCUGAAUGCCAGAAGCAUCAUUUUGCAGCCUUCAUUCAAGAUUAUCAGAUCCUGGUGGUCUGGGACGACGAUCCAAAUCAUGUCCUCAAGCGAGUACAAAGCAUUGAGGACCAGCUCAUCAGCAUGGUCUGGAAAGAAGAGAUGAAUGACGACGAGUCUGCUGCGCCGGUGGGAAGUGCCAUUCCAAGUACGACCAAUUUGAACACCGGAGACUCGUCCGCGGACCUCGAGAAAACUGUGGUCAUCCCCACUCGACGGAUUGUGCUGAUCCAGCCAGUGCUCACCGCCCUCACUCUGAUCCUGCUCGUCGCGGCCAUUGGGAGCGGCUGGCGGCAGAUCGCCCUCGAGAUCAAAGUCGACAAAAACUGGAUGCGUCUCGCCUUUCUCCUGGUCGUGCCUCUGCAAUGCUGGCUGGCUCUUUUCUUCAUGCAAUCUGUCGCCGGGAGCAUUGCCCAAAUCAUCGGUCCCAUCAGUCAGAUGAACGCGAACACCAAGUUCUACUCCGGCCAGCAACCGCCUCGGUUACCUAGUACUGCCACGCUUCCGCACGUCACGAUCCAAUGCCCCGUGUACAAGGAAGGGUUGUGGUCAGUUAUCGACCCUACCAUCAAGUCCAUCAAGACUGCAAUCUCCACCUACGAAAUGCAAGGCGGCACCGCCAACAUCUUCGUCAACGACGAUGGCAUGCAAUUGAUUCCAGCCGAACAGGCGCAGGAGAGACGCGAAUACUACGAUGAGCACAACAUUGGCUGGGUCUCUCGACCGAAACACAAACCCAAACCUGUGGAAGGCGAGAAGCCAUUCAUUCGAGCCGGCAAGUUCAAGAAAGCAUCGAACAUGAACUACGCCCUCAACGUUAGCGCCCGCGUUGAAGAUAGGCUCGCACCGAUCGAUCGCAACGAAGCCUGGACGGCCGAGAAUGAGCGCGAAGCCUACGACACGGCGUUGGCGGAAGUUAUCCUCGAGGAUGAAGGCCGCACGCAGGCCGAAGGAAACGUCCGUAUUGGUGAUUACAUCCUCCUGAUCGACUCGGACACGCGAGUACCCGUGGACUGCUUCCUCGAUGCGGUCAGUGAGAUGGAGCAGUCUCCUGAAGUGGCCAUCAUCCAGUUCGCGUCUGGUGUCAUGAACGUCACGGACAACUGGUUCGAAAAGGGAAUAACCUUCUUCACGAACCUCGUCUACACUGCUAUCCAGUACGCUGUUUCGAAUGGAGAUGUCGCGCCGUUCGUCGGACAUAACGCCUUUCUGCGCUGGAAGGCCGUGCAGGAUGUCGCUUACAUCGAAAAGGAUGUCAACGACGGCGCGACCAAGGAGAAAUACUGGUCUGAGGCCACCGUUUCCGAGGACUUCGAUAUGGCAUUGCGGCUACAGACGAAUGGGUAUAUUCUGCGCCUAGCGGCGUAUGCCGGUCAAGGUUUCAAAGAAGGCGUCUCGUUGACGGUGUACGACGAGCUUGCGCGUUGGGAGAAAUAUGCCUAUGGCUGCUCCGAGUUGAUCUUCCAUCCCUUCGCGCAGUGGUUUACCAAGGGUCCAUUUACGCCUCUCUUUCGCGGAUUCAUCGUCAGCAACAUGCCUCUGCCUUCGAAAUUGACAAUUAUGGCGUAUGUGGGGACGUAUUAUGCCAUCGGCUCUGCUUGGAUCCUUACAUUGUUCAAUUACUGCGUCGUCGGUUGGUUCAAUGGACAUCUGGAUCACUAUUACAUUGACAGUUUCAAGAUCUACUUCGCCAUCGUCCUGGUAUUUACGGCGCUGGGCAAUGUUGCCCUUGCAGUGAUGAGAUAUCGAAUUGAAGAGCGAAGUCUGGCGUCGGCAUUGUUGGAGAACCUCCGCUGGAUUCCGCUGUUGACAGUGUUUCUGGGUGGCAUUUCGUUGCAUGUCUCACAGGCGAUUUUGAGCCAUUUGUUCGGUGUGGACAUGACUUGGGGUGCUACGAGCAAGGAAGCGACUGACACAAGUUUCUUCAAGGAGGUGCCUGUGAUAUUGCGGAAGUUCAGGCUGACGUUUGCGUUUUGUGCGGUUCUGAGCCUGGGAAUGAUUGUUGUUGCGGGAGUUGGACCGCUGGGCGCAUUGGUGCCGUAUGACUGGCAGAUCUCGUUCUUGACGGCGAUCUGGCCUUUGGCAACAGUUGUUGGUUCGCAUGCAUUGUUGCCGCUCGUGCUGAAUCCUGGUUUGAUGCAAUUCACGUUUUGA